AUGACCUCAAACGUCGUAUCACAAGUUGAAGUUCCAAUUGAAAAAACAAUAGACCGUGAAAAGGUAUGCCCAUUACUUCUUCGAAUUUUUUGUGCUCAAGUUCGACAUAAUUCUAUGAAUGAUUAUUCUCGUGGGUCUGUUCCACCAAAUGAGCUGCAAAUUUAUACUUGGCUUGAUUGCACACUGAAGGAAUUAACUUCACUUAUUAAAGAUGUUAAUCCUGAUGCACGUAGACGAGGCACAGAGUUUAAUUUUGCAAUUGUUGCUCCGGAUCGUUAUUCUGCUCGUUAUGCAUUAAGAGAAGUUGGAAUAACAAUCAGCGGGCAAAGAUCUCCAGAUGAUGAGAAAAGCUUGAGUCAAUGUAAAUUCGAAGUCGGUGAUUAUAUCGAUGUUGUUAUCAAUCCACCUGAUACUGGAAUUGCUGGAGGACGAGGAAAUGCAGCGCAUGGUGUUUAUGGGGCACAACGUCGUUCUGGUGAACGUGUGGAACGUGAUCGAACUGGUUCUUUUAGUGGAGGCGGUGGAGGCCGUUAUGGAGGAUUCGGACGUUGAUAUAUUUUGAUA